ACUGUGGCUAGCAGCCAACACAGCCUUCUGACUACACAGUGCAGCAGCCAAAACACAGCAAUUUGGCAUCUAUUUUGCACUGAAAGGAAAACAUUCGCUUGACAGGAUAUUGAUGUCAUAUUGUGGAACCCAAAACGGCGGCCGCCGCAGCAAAUGGGACCAGCCUGGCCCCGGCUCUGGUGGGAUGGGGGAGGCUGAGGCUGCACCCACCGGGGCUCUGGAUGCUGCAGCUGCUGUGGCUGCCAAGAUUAAUGCCAUGCUGGUAGCCAAGGGCAAACUCAAACCCUCGCAGAUUGGCACCCCGGGCCCUCCAGAUAAGGUUGUAGGUGUUGGGAAGCCUCCGGUGCCAGCAAAGGCCAAGGAUGACCUGGUCGUGGCUGAGGUCGAGAUCAAUGACGUCCCAAUCACCUGUAGAAACCUCCUGACGCGUGGACAAACGCAGGAUGAGAUCAGUAAAGUGAGCGGUGCUGCUGUAUCAACAAGAGGCCGAUACAUGACUGCAGAAGAGAAGGGAAAAGCGCUACCAGGGGAUCGACCUCUGUACCUGCACGUCCAAGGACAGACUAGGGAGCUCGUAGACAGGGCAGUUAAUAGAAUCAAAGAGAUCAUCACCAACGGUGUGGUGAAGGCUGCGACUGCCUCAUCUUCUUCUUCAACCUUCCCCCCUAGUGGAGCUUCUGUCACAAUUUACCAGCAGCACAACCCUCCCCCUCCAUCAUUGCCCCCCAUGACCCACCACAAGCCACACUUUCAGUCCGGGAUGCAUUAUGUUCAAGAUAAAGUCUUUGUAGGCCUGGAGCACGCAAUCCCGGGCUUUGUUGUCAAAGAGCGUGUGGAGGGCCCCGGCUGUUCGUACCUGCAGCAUAUCCAGGCUGAAACUGGGGCCAAAGUCUUCCUCAGAGGAAAAGGAUCAGGCUGUUUAGAGCCUGCGUCUGGACGAGAGGCCUUUGAACCCAUGUACAUCUACAUCAGUCAUCCUAAACCAGAAGGGCUUGCAGCUGCAAAAACCUUGUGUGAGAACUUGCUUCAGACAGUUCAUGCAGAGUAUUCUCGCUUCCUCAGUCAAAUGAGCACAAUAAUGCCAACACAACAAGGUUUCGCGCAACCCCCAGUGGUGAACGGGAUGCCUCCGCAGCCUCCGUACUACCACCCUGCUGGUUAUCAACCAGGAUACCCCAUGCCCGUACCACCACCUCAGCCUCAACCUCUCCCUCCACCUUACACUGUCCCGCCUCCUUUACCUCCCACAGCACCUGCAGGUGUGCCUCCUCAGUACACCCUCCCCCCUGCCCACACCCCUGCUCCUGCUCCUACCCCCAUUCCAGCUCCCAUUCCAGCUCCAGCUCUCGCUCCUGCUCCUGCUCCUGCACCUGCUCCUGCUCCCGCUCCUGCUCCAGCUCCAGCUCCAGGCACCAUGCCACAGAAUCUUCCCCCUGUACCCUUUCCUCCAUCUGCUGCAGCACCACCCAAAGCUCCACCUUCUGCCAGCCCAGCCAACCCACCGCAGAAAAGACGCUUCACGGAGGAGGUCCCAGACGAGAGGAACAGCGGCCUGCUCGGAUACCAGCAUGGACCCAUUCAUAUGACUAAUUUAGGUGCAGGCUUCCCAGUGGGCAGCCCGGAGACCACAGGACCCCCACCACCGAGUUCCUCUGGCCCACCGAGUGAGAGGGACAGUAGGCAGCUAAUGCCUCCACCCCCGCUGCCUGUGAAUGGAGUGAGACCCAAGAUGGAGGAGAGGAGGGUACCGCAUUGCCUCGUGGAGCCCACAGUGAAGAGAUUGAAAACUGGUUUGGUGGCGUACACGGGCGACUCCUCGGAUGAAGAGGAAGACCACUCGACCUCCAAAGCCUCAGGGCCAGGUAACCCUGGGGCAGUUCCCCCUACCUCCACCUCCUCAGGCUGGACACAGGGCUAUCGCUGCCCUCCUCCACCACCCCCGCGUGCCAAAACGCAGCCACAGUCGCAGUCUAUGCCUUUCUGGAUGGCACCCUAAAACAGGAAAAUCUCCCUCAAUGCUUUGUGCCGAAGUCUUACGGGAUGUUCACCCAAACUGAGCCUGUCUUCUUCCAUCACUCAUCACCCGCUCAUCACAUGGAUGACUCUAAACAGCUACAUGUUGGUUGCAUUUUAGUACUUGGGUCCUCAUAGACAUACUAAUAUUUGAUUUUUUUGGUGCACACAUUAUAGUUUGAAGAUGAACAUUUGCAGGACUGAUAUUCCAAACUAUUUUGUGGAUGUAUAGACGGUCAGAUGAGCGACUUUCUGCCUCCAGUUUUAUUUGGAACGGAAUAAAAUCACAUGCCAGGUGAAGUGUUUGAAUAUAGUGUCAUUGUAAAAACAAUCUCACAAGGCAAAGGUGUUGUAAAUCACUUCUUUUAAUUUUUUCCCUAAAACAGCUUUUCCAACGUUGUCUUACCCCCUUUUCUUUCCUUUCUCCCUGUCCUUGUUGGUGAUAUCAUCCUUUUCUAUUAUGGUCUUUUUUGACAGAUCAUAUUGGACUAACAUGUAGUAAACCGAUUGAAUUUAUUUCAUGCUUUUAUGAAAUAAAUAAACUUAAUUUAUUGCAGUGUUUGA